GUUGAUUCUGUCAAGUUGGCUGCUACGUCACGUUGGCGCUCCAUGUCCACACGCACUCCACAUCAUUUUCAAGAGGAAACCGGCGUGAGUAGUGCUGAAAAAGCAGCAUUUUCGUCGUAAAACAGCAAUCCCCGUGCCAAAAACAAACCACCGCAUAUUUUGAGUACAAAUUACACAGCUAACAUGGCAGCAGCAGUUACAGCUACAAACCACGGUCAACAGAGUUACCGGCGGUCUCCGCGUGACCCACGGCAGAACGCGCCGGUCUCGCAGGAGGCUAUUGAAGAGGCGUCCUGCAAACUUUUCGUCGCCAGCCUUCCUUCCUCAGCCACUGAGGACAACAUCCGCGAACUCUUCACUAAGUAUGGAGAGGUCGUGGAAGUCUCGAUCGCGCGAGACCCUGCUACCAAAGAGUCGCGAAGGUUUGGCUUCAUCACAUUUGCCAGUAAGGAGUGCGUUGAUGCGGCGCAACUGGCAAGACCGCAUAAGCUGGAUACCAAACAGAUCACCACCAAGAGGUCAAUUCCCAAAGGACUGCAACAAUCACCUGAUAUUGCUUCAACGACUAAGACUUUGUAUGUAGGAGGACUGAAAGAGGAAAGCGUCACAGAAGACGCAAUCAAAGACUACUUCAAGCAGUUUGGCAACAUUGAGAAGAUCUAUUGGUCUGUCAACAAGGAGACCAACACCAAAAGACCGUAUUGUUUCGUCUACUUUGACGACACUGAUGCUGUGGACAAGAUUGUUUUUGCCACCAAGCAUGACAUCAACGGAGUCACUGUCAACACAAAGAAGUCAUUGAGAGAUGUUGAAAGUGGACCAAUGAAGAAAUUGAUGCCUUUUGCUUUCACAGCGUAUGGCGGUCCGUUCCACCCGAGCAUGGUUCCUCCCUUCUACCCUGCCGGUGGCUAUGAUAGCAUGAUGCCCUCUGGCGGUGGCCGCGGCGGCGGAUACAUGUACCCUGCGCCAAUGGGCCGUGGCGGCGGUCACUUCCCCAACAUGCACUAUUACGGCAACGGGUAUGGCCACCACCAGCAAGGUGGCGGCUCGUACGGCCCCAGCGGUGGCCAGCAGGGCGGUGGUUACCGCAAGUACAACAACAGCAAGGGCGGGCAGCAGCAACAGAGGCCCGUGGCUAAGGCCUAAAGACUUCCAAGUGGCUAGAUCUCUGCCCCCAGCAUCAUCCAUCGCAAUCAUCUCUCAAUGCCAAAUAAGAUCUACCUGAACACACAUGUACACACAGCGACGAUUGGCAGGGAAAGCACCACUACUACCACUACCAUCCUACCAACAAUGCAAGCAGCAAGUAGCGCGGAACAUCCAAAAGCCGCCUGACAGAAAACAGUUUGUUGACAAAAGUCAUGCGCGAAAGUAAGCGAAAAGAAAACAAUUUAUUCAUCUAGGUCGUAAGUCGCAGUUUAGUUUUAGCGAGUAAUAACCAUAAGGUGCUAAACUUUAUUUUACCAAGUUGAGAGGCGCUUUUUCCCCGCCGAGAAAGAGCCUCGGUUGUUUGAUAAAAGUGUUGUAUUUGUACGCUUAUUAUACCAUUAGAGCGAUCGCGGCAUUCGCGCGCGGCCUUUUGGCCCGGCAGUCGCAAACUUGGCUUCUCAUCCUGCCAUUUGUAAUGUACCCAUUGAGUGCCUUACAAUUAAUGACUGCUAGAAUGAUUCAUUCACGGACUGACUGAGCGCUUAGUGAAAAUAGCAGCGACGAGAGCAUCAAUUUUUUUACUCUGUACAACAACAACACACACAAGAGGAGGAAAAAUUAAUAAUAACACACAGACACUACUAUUUUUGCCAAGAGGGGGAAGAAGAUGUUCACGACGAUUAUUAAAAAAACCAAGGUCCGUCUAGUUUCUUGUCUUGUUCUAUCAGAUGCAUUAAUAAGAUAACACACUAAAAACAUACAUACUGAACAGCUCUAAUGGAAAAAUGUCAGAAAAAUCGAGUACGUAAAAUUAUAUAUAAUCUAAAAAUAGUAUCACACACACUUAACUAACCAACUGCUAGCCACGUAAGGAAGGAAGUUGUUGUUUAUUAUCUAUAUUUCGUCAGCUUGCUCGCCCCCUUCUCCGCACCUAUUCGUUUUUGUACGCUGGGCGCGAUACCUUUGCCUCAGGGCCCGGCCCGACCGCUGUGUCCGCAGCCUCAACAGGCUUGCUGUCUGGUCAGUGCCGGACAGAUCUGCAGACUAGCUGUUGUGUUGGCGCUGAGGUGAGGCGUCGCCGGCGCAGUCUAAAGCACUGUUACUCAUUCAAUAUUGUUGAUUUUUUGCGUUGUUGUGUGCGAUACCCAUCACCACACAACAAACCGGUUAUAUUUUAUGAGAGAGAUGUACUACACACUAAAUCACACCGAAAUACACACACGCUAAUGAUUCCUUACCAAGUUGUGGGAACAAAUUUUUAUAUAUUUGCUGCUAAAGAGAGCGUUUUGUUUUUUCCUCACAGUUCUAUUCUCUUAAUUGCUAAGUGUGGUAAUAUUCUUUAUAAAAAGGCAAGAAUAAUAUGCACCACUUGUACUUGUACCAAAUUGCAGAUACCUAAAACUGGCGAACCGCGCAGAUAAUUUCUUUCCACAAGAGCAGAAACUACUCUUUUCGCGUUCUUCCGACAAAUCUACAGAAUUCCCCUCUUUGAUACAAGUACAAUGAUUAUAAUUAUCUUAUUGAUUUUUAGUAGCCUAGGCAUGGAUUCUAUAAAUAAAUUAUGGAUGCGUAAACAUAUUAUUCAUAAUACGGUAGAAAGCAAAAUGAAAUUUGUCAACAAAGAAACCUACACAGACACACACAUAGAGGCAAGUUUACUGAACACACACACACACACACACAUGUUAAAAAUAUGGGCAUUUCUGUGUUAAUUGUGGGCAUGUGCUCGCGAUUAAGUGCAUUGUAGAUUGUUUGCUUUGGCGUCGCGAGGAGGCAUAAUUACUGUUGCACUCCCCUCGAGCCCCCAAGGCAUGGAUUGAACCUAAAUUCUGAUCACUAGCAGUACGGGUGGAUUUGAUGCUCAGGAAUGUAUAUUUUUAAUUAAUAAAUGUAUUAUCAAAUAA